ACUACCUCUUCUUUUCUCCCUUGAAAUAACAAUACUCUCUAGUUUCCUAACACGGAAAAUAAAAAAGUGGUGGUCCUCCAUCCAUAAGAAAAUAGGUCCACCACCACCAAAAACUACUUGUAUUAAUCCUAAUUUGUUAAUUUAAUUUCCUCCUCCUCCUUCCUCCACCAUAAUGCAUAACCCUCCGUACGGAAAAGCUCCUCGAUAUGGCGGGGAGUAUUACUAUGAAGAAAGGCGAAGAGGAGGAAACUUUUGCGUUAGAUGCAUCUGCUGUGUCUACUGCUUCCUGUUUUUCAUGAUCCUUGUUGCAGCCGCCCUCGUCUUCUAUUUUUACGCGUACUACGAUCCCAAAAUGCCCACUUACAAAUUCCAAUCCCUCGAUGUUAAGGAAUUCGGAUAUCAACCUGAUUUCAGUGUCACCGCGGAUCUUAUUAUAACAAUGAAAGCCGAUAAUCCCAACAAGAUGAUAGGAUUUAUUUACGGGGAAGAUAGCUCGAUCAACGUGACAUAUAGCGAUUCAACAAUUUGUUCAGGAAAAGUACCAGCUUUCCAUCAGGGUCACAAGAAUACAACUAUAAUGCAAAUUGAACUAAAGGGGAAAAGUCAAUUUGGAUCAGGGCUUUAUGAGGCAUUGCAAGAUAAUGAGAAACAUGGGAGAAUUCCAUUAAAGGUAAUGGUUAAGGUACCUGUGCAAGUUGUUUUGCGAGAUAUUAAAUUAAGGCAAGUCAAUGUGUUUGUAAAUAGCACAUUGAUUGUGAAUAAUUUGAAACCUGGACAGAAACCUGAGAUUGAAGAUAGCAAACCCACGUUCAAAGUUAAAUUCUGAUAAAAUCUCCUCUGUUACUCUUCGGCGUUUUACGUAUUGAAAACAUUUUUUUAAGUGUGUACGAUUGAAUUUAUUGGUUCAUGACAUUAGAAAAACGAACCAUGGCUCUCUUACCUUGUAUCAAUAAUGAGCUAGUUUCUGAAAUAUAUCAUACAAGUAUAUAAGGAUUAAUUGAGAGCCCACAUAGUUUUGUAGGCUUUUUCUUUUGCAGUUUAGAAGGUUUCUCAUGAUCUGAACAAAUAAAGAUUGGAUCGCCUAUCUUGUUA